UCCGAGUGAGCGUGCGUGCAGCGCUACACCGACCGCACUACCGCAGUCCGGACGAGACGGUGUACGGCCACGCUACAGCAUAUCGCGCGCGAGUUGCUUGCAACCGACCGACGAUUGACAGACAGACAUCGAGAACUGAUCGAAAAUAGACGUUUUUCCGCGUUACAAGACUGUGGUAUUUUGUUUUUUUUCUCUCGAUUGUUCGUCCCCGUCCGCGUCAGUUCGUCCCGUCCAACCUCCAUAGAAACCGGUGCGCGUCCAGUCGUCAUCAGUUGUUUUUUCUCACCGUUUAUCGCGUUUUUUAUGAGUUAGACUGAUCGGAACACGGGGUUCCCCCGUACCCCCCGAACGGCUUUUUUCCACCUCAUCCGGCUAAUCGCGAUAGGUACACGAGAUAAUAAUAUUAUAAUUUCAUAGCAAACGGCCGUCGAGGUGCCAGGUGCGUUUGUUUUUAUCUAAAUUUUUUUGGAUUUUUCGUUUUUUGUCUUGACCCGACCACAGGUCGGCACAGCACAGCACACCACCACCGUCAAUCGUUAGUACGCUCAUCGGCCGCGCGAUGUUGGUCGCCAUGACUGCGAUGCUCGUGUCCGUGGCAGAGUUCUCCAAUAUUCUGUCUGUUUUAGCCGUGCUCAUGUGCUUCUGCGCCAUGUUCCUGCUGAUCAUGAGGAAUAUGACGGUAUUUUGGCUGCACGGCGAAGAACUAAUGUUUGGUGGUAAUGCAGUACAUCCUGUUCAACAAAGGAUACCACAGAUGAAAAUGAUGAAAGUCCACAUACCGUUCACAUUUAAAUUACACGAGACGUCUAAUUCUUCUUACUCAGAUCUUCGAUGCACGAUCUCAAGCCAAGUACCAUAUACAUUGCAAGCAUUUUGGGGCGUUUCUAUCCGGGAACUUCAUCAUUUCCUGUGGAAGGCAUGGAGCUCAUUUCAGACAGCCGUCAAGGAUGAUUCAUUACUCCGUGGACAUUACCAACAUUGUGGAUUAACUUUGCACGAAACAAGCCAUACCGAAAAAACCAUUCAGAUGUUUAUGCCUGAGGGAAAAUUGGAUUUGGGAACUCCCCCUCGACAUUGCUACCCUUUGGUUAUAUUCCUUAUACGCGACACUCCCGAAAAUUCCACUUUACAUCCAGACGAGACGGUGGCAUUGGUGAAUGUAGUACAUAUCCGGGAUAACGUGUGCACGUUGCCUACAAACAUUUUGGCGCAGUACCUGAAACAAGCAAACGGACAAUUGUCAUCAUUAAAGCAACUUUAUUUGGCCACCGGCAACGCUCUCAGUUACCAAGACGAUGCCUGCAGCGACGACGCGUCACAGAGGGCUGUCGUUCUGGACAACGGCGGUGGCAGCUUGAACACCAGCCAGGAACAGUUGUGCGUCGUGUGCCAAUACUACCCGCUGUCCAGAGCCCUGUUGCCGUGCCGCCACACGUGCAUAUGCGCAUCGUGCUUCGGCAAGCUGGAGACGUGCCCGAUGUGCCGCAGUCCGAUCAAGAGCUACUUCUGCGUGCGCAACGAAGAUUAUUUGGCCGACUGCGCGUUGGGCCUAGAGAAAACGGGAGCGUCGGCCAAACGACAAGCGUUUUCCCAGUGGAUUCAAAAUAGUAUUACGGAAUUUCUCGGCCUACAUUAGGUCUCCACCCACCCACACCCUUGACACCCCGCCAUCCCCCCUCCCUAACCAAUCCCGCCAUCAUCGCCUCCACGAAUCCUGCAUUUCUCCUCCCGCACGGUCCCAUCAUGCUCUUCUUCUAUUUAUUUCUCUUAACUCGAAUCAGCAGUUUACCGUUAACAUAUUGUAUGCAUUUUACCACAUACGCGGUGUAAACAGACACUCACGUACACAUCAACCGGCUUAUGACAACCCUUUAUCGUACACGAAUUAAGAUGUAUGUUCAAUGUACAUCCUACAAUUCCUCCUCUCUCUCUCAAACACACCCCUCUAUAAAAUGUAAAUUACUCAAUAAACAUACGAAAAAAUUGAAAAAUUGAAAAUAAUAUAUACCUCAAACUUAUGUAUUUAUAACGUAGUUUGGCAUAUUCACCCUGAAUGUAUAUUAUGUUUGUGACCCCCUCCUGUCCCUCCCAUUUUAUUUAUUAAGAUAUUAUGCACAAAUAUCAUUAUAUUUAUAAUGCUAUAUAAAUCGGCCUGAACAUGAAGUAUAACCAAAAACACGUUUACCAUGGUGUUGUGAAAUGUCUACAAACAGAAAAAAAUGUUGACAUGUUCACAUUUAGCACGGUGUUGGUGGUGUGAAAUGAUAAGCUAUAUUACUAACUAAAAGGACAUAUUGUGUAGAGACGCUAGUCGAUCAAGUUCUUUGUAUUUCCAGAAUCACGAAACGAACGAAUAUAAUAAUAUUAUUCUCUAUUUUAUGAAUUUAUCACAAUUGUUUCUCCCCUCCCCCCUAUAUAACAUAUCUUUUGUUAUAGACUUAUUUAUCACAGAAAAGUUCCUUAUACAUAAUAUGUGUUAUACUAUAUAAUAUUCGUAAAUAUUUUAUUCUCUCGAAAAGAACUAUACGUACAACACUUAACUGUUUGAAUUUCGAAAUUGCACGAACGUAAAUUUAAAUAAUAUAAUAUUAAAUAACAAUAAUCUUCCAUAAUGUAAUUGUUGACGUGCUAUCGCUCUGCAUUUAUAAACGCUAUUUUUUAUUGUCUUCCGUGUGCAUAAUGUAAUAUUAUAAUGGUUUAUAGUUUAUAUAUUAAACCAUCAUUAUUAUUAUUAUUAUUAUUAUUAUUAUUAUUAUUAUUAUUAUUUUUAUUAUUAUUAUUAUUAUUUUUAUUAUUAUUAUUACAUAUUUAUGUGUGUAUAUUGUGCGGUAACUUGCCCCUCUCCUCAAAAGAAAAAUCCUCGGGUUUAAUAUUUUGAAGAGGUUUAGCUAGAAGCCGAGCAAUCCAAUUACUAUCAUUUUAUAUAUUAUUUUUCAUUAAUUGUAUUUUUUUCCUUUCGUUUUAUAUUAUUAUCUAAAUCUUGUAUUUAUCGAUUUCCCAUUGAAGUAUUGCGUAUGGUCAUAAAGUAUAUGCGACAUUAAUAAUAUGCCGUUAUAUUAUUUUUAUAUUGUAUUUGUAUAAUUGUAAUGAUAAAAUUAUAUUAAUGUAUAACAAAUUAUAUAAUUUAUGCGCAUGCGUAUAUAAUAUAUUUAUAUAUAUACAAAUUCUCAUGUAGUUAAGAAAUGUUGCUCGGCCCUUAUACUCUCUUUUACCGACCUCAAAAUAUUGAAACAAAUGUUUGUGUUUUAGAACACUGACCAUAAUAUUAUAGAGAGAUCCCAUAUACUUAUAUAAGAAACGCACAUAUUAUAAUAUACGAUUACGAUACAUUGAAUACUCCUAGUUGUAUUUGUUGAUCUACAAAACUGUAUUGUUUUAAUUUAAUUUUAGUGUAUACCGUUGAGGUGAAUUUAUAUAAAUAGUUUAAGGUGCAUUAACGUUAAGAAAUUUGCAGUGUUUCCUCUUAUAACGAAGAGAGUCUGUUAAGAUUUUAUGAUAACUUAGUUAUUACCUAAUUUGUUUAUGGUUAAUAUAUUCACUCGGUUGGGCUAAGAUGGCAAUGUACUAAAGUGUUUUGUCGUGAAACAUCACUAACAUAAUUCUAAUUAUUAUGAUUUUUUUUUGUAUGCCUAUAAUAUUGAAUGUGUGAUUGUGAUUAAAUAAAAAUGAUUCAAAUAAC